CGUUGGUUUUCAGGAAGCCGCUUUGACGUCACUUCCGUCGCACACAUUGUACGCAAGAAAUUCAGUUGAGGAGAGUUUCAGCAUGACAUCUCAACUCGAAAGAUAAACGAAAAUAACCAUGGAGGACGAGUGGGAAGAAGAGGAACAGUUGGUCGUGGCGGAGCUCUCAGGAAUGAUCAACUCGGAUCUUCUCUCCAGUCGUCAGGGCGCGUGUAAGAUUGUGGACAUCGACAGUGAGCAACCCAUGCUGCAGGUCGGACGCUAUCUGUUCGCUGGGGAAUACGAGGACGCCAUCGGUACAUGUGUGAUUUUUGAGGAGGGUCGUCGGGCCGGUGCGAACUCGAAUCCGACCCUAAAGUACAAAUGUCACACGAUGAAGAAACUGAUGCUGCAGAGGACGUUUUUGUUGGAGAGGAAAGAGGACGAGCCGGUGUCUAAUCGCACAGAGGUGCUGGCUCUCAACGACGAACAGGCGUUUGGACGGCAAAGCGCGAUCUGUAAUUACCUGGAUAAGAAAGAAACUGAGAAAUCAGUGCUUGACGAGUCUAAAGAUUGCGAGGAUCGGGAGACGAGUGAUGAAUCUCCGGUUGAGAUGGAUGAGACUGUGGCGGAGGAGACUAUGGACACAACAGUUAACGUCAGCACUGUAGUGGAAUCUACAGAAGAAGGGGACACUGGCUCUUGAACAAGAUGGCAUUUUGAAAGACUUUUUAUCAUGUACAUUCUGCAUUAUGUAAAAAAUAUUGUUUAUAUAGAUGUAUCCGAGAAAGAAUAAAUACAAUGUUUUUUCGC